CUAAGAUUUGAGGAAGGCUUAUCUUGUAUUUGCAUUAACGAUACACCGUGCCGCCGUAACUUGGCCGCAAAAUACUUUCCAUCUGUCUAGAAAUUGUAAAAGUCAAGGAUUUUUCAGAGUUGUGGGAAGAAGUUGCUAUCCGAGUCGUUUUCGAUGUUGCCUCUUACCUAGUCUGAUUCUGACUGAUAUGCAGCUAAUGUGUUUCAAAGAUGCUAGGCCAUCACGGAUUUGAGCAUGUCGGCAGGUAAAUACAGACAUCUUAACCUACACUGUACUGGCGUGCAUAAUAUUGAGUAUUCCUGUUCAUAUCGUUGUUGUACUGGCUUACAAUAAUUUUCUUUUCGCGCAAGUAAUCAUAUUUAUUUAUUUUUUUUGUUCAAGAAAUCUAUUUUGGUUUCGCACGAGUUCCCAUGACUUGGGCAAAGACACAAGUACUGACCCGAUCAACAUCUUCAGAUUGCUGUUAAUUUCUUCCAUUCUUAACUAGAGAGUUAAGCCGGGAUGUAUUCUAGUGCAAACAACAGCAGUACGAUAUCUGAAGGGAAUGAGUCUCCUCCACCCUCGAGAACUUCGUUUCAGACGCAUCUUGAUCCGAACUCGAAAACAGACAAGCCUUCGUUUUCUUCCCAUGUUGACACACGCGAAAGGAAGGGCAUCCUUCCACUUCUCUUCGAAAGGGCAUCAAAUAGGAUAUGGGAUCCGUCAUUUGACUCAAAAGUUUUGGAGAGCGAGUUUAGGCGAUUUGUCGUUGUCGUUGAUAGAAUACGUUUCAAAUCGGCUGCUCUCUAUGUUGCAACUGCCGCUCUCAUACUAACUAUCUAUUUCGGAGUUACCAGAGGGAUCAGUGGCUCGGGAAAAAAAUUGAUGAUAGGAAGUGGUGCGACUAGCCUGAUAUCAUUUUGCUUCUUUCUCCUGACGAAAUUCACAAAUCUGUACCGAAAGCCAAGGGAAGCUAUUUUCAUAUCGUUGGUGUUUGUCUUGUUGAUCGUCACAGUAGAAGUGCUGUCAUUCUACCAAAUCACUGAUAAGGAGUUAACAUAUGCAUCUCGAUUUACAUUGGCUACGAGCAUAAUUCUACUUGUCUAUACUUUAAUACCUGCACUACCAAUGUAUGCUUGCUUGCUUAUUGCCACAUUCUACUCGGUGGCCCAUGAAGUGAGUGCUGCAGUCAAUGACAAGAAGACAUUUGGGGACCUUACAUCAACUGAAAUUGUAACUAGAGUAUUUCUCCACCUUGGCGUGCAUCUGAUUGGACUUGCCAUGUUUUUCAUGGCUCAAGUGAAAAAAAGAAGUACAUUUUGGAGGGUUGGUCAAAGCAUUGUUGCUAAAAGGGAUCUGGAAAUAGAGCAAAGGGCAAAAGACAGAAUGAUAAGAUGGGUGAUGCCGAAAGUGGUGGCCGAUUGGCUAAUUAAAGAUGGCCUACAAAGGAUCAAGAUAAGAGGUGUGUCAGAGCCAAAGGUGCCAUUCAGACCUUUUAAUAUGGACAGGGUCGAGAAUGUCAGUAUUCUGUUUGCAGAUAUUGUUGGGUUUACAAAGAUGUCUUCAAACAAAUCUGCAGAGACAUUGGUGAACCUCCUAAAUGAUCUGUUUGGUCGUUUUGAUGAACUAACUGAUAUUAAUAAUUGUGAAAAAGUGAGCACUUUAGGGGAUUGUUAUUAUUGUGUGGCAGGUUGUCCUGAGAAAACAAGGUACCAUGCCAUAUGUUGUGUUGAAAUGGGCCUUGAUAUAGUUGAGCAAAUAAAGAAGUUUAGAGAGGAGACAAAGGAAGAUGUGGAUAUGAGAGUUGGCAUUCACACUGGUAGUGUUUUGUGUGGUAUUGUUGGAAACAGAAGAAGAAGAUUUGAUGUUUGGUCUAAUGAUGUAACAAUUGCAAAUCGUAUGGAAGCAUCAGGCAGGCCAGGCAAAGUUCACAUAUCAGAAAGCACCUUGAAGUUCCUUGAAAAUCAAUAUGUUGUGGAAAAGGGUGAAGGAAUUAGCAUUAACAAAGAUGGACAACUGUUACCCACAUAUUUUAUCGUUUCAAGAAAGAAUGGUGUUUCUGGAAACAAGCCUUGGCAAAGGGAAAAGGCCCAUAGAGAUUCAGAUUCAAGUUUAAGGCAGGCAAUAAAAAGUGGAAUGAACCCAAAUAGAGAUGACCAUGGAAAGAAAGUUAAGCAUGAAAGCCAAAUAUGUGUUUCACCAAAAAAUGAUAAAGUAAGUCCAAAUGAAGUUGCUUUUUAUAUUGAUGAUGGUGAAGAUAUGGAAGCAUAUCAGCAACAAAUGCUUAGGCAAAAGUCCUACUCGGUUGCAGAAGAUGAUUCUAUUGAGCUUAAUUUUCUUGGAAAGUCUCAAGGAGGGGCACAGUCCCCACCAUCUCCCCCUAAGCCUCAACUUCGAAUUGCUCAGAAUUUGGCAAAGACUCCAUUACCAUUUCAAAGACUGAAUGCACAAUUGAACUUCACCUUAAAUGAUGCUUUUAUGAGAGAUGCUUUGAGGGAUUUGAAUGACCAGCAACUUGUGAAGUUAAUGCGAAGAAAACAGACACAGAAGGAGUAUUUUACCAAUCCACCUUUGACAGUAGUGAAGCAAAAUUUCAAGAUAGAGGCUUUAGAAGCAAAAUAUAGAAAAGAGUGCUUCAAAGACUUUAAGCUACAUCCAAAAGUAACAACCUUUGCUUCACCAAAGAUUCAUUUCUUCUUUGAUGUCAUAACAGCUUCCCUGUUAUUUCUAGUCAAUCUGAUUGUGUGCUAUUUAAUAUUCUCACCUCCUCCAGCAACCUUAGUUAUUUUGUCACCAAUUGUUGGAGUAGUAAUGCUAAUUUUGUUGCUGGUAAGAUGUGUGCGAGCAUCUGCAAUGGCAGCAUGUUGUCCAAGCAAGAAGUGUGCAGAGCCUCUCUCAGAUUUUGACAAAGAAAACAGCACAUCAAGUCAGACAAGCCACAGUGAAUUGCAUCAAGGCAGACACAGCAUUGGGCGCUUGAGCAUUGAUGGAACUAUGAGCAUUGAUGCAAGUAAACGCAAAAGAACAUUCAAAGAGGCAUUUACAGAAUUGACAACGUCACUCUGGUUUAAAUCCCAUGUUUUUGGUGCCUUCAUGAUGUGUCUUCCCAUUUUUGUCACCUUUGCAACUUUGCAUGAUUGUCAAAAGAAUGGCUGGACCAGAAAAGAGUUUGAGCUUUUCAGCAAUCUGAUAACAGUUGGACUCCUGUACUUCUGCAGCUUCACACAAUUGUCAUACAUCAUGAAAUCUUCCUUAGCAUUAGUUGUUUCUGUGGUUUUCUGCAUACUCUUGAGACUAGUGUCAGGCUCAAUCUGUAUCAAAAAAAGUAGCGAAGCAGAUCAUACCAGUGCCAAUGAUAUAAUUGUAUCAAUUAUGAUACAGAUGAUUCUAGUGAUUUGGAUAAAUCGCUUACAUGAGGGCGGUGUUAGGGUUAACUACUUUGGUGACAGAGAAGCUGCAGAAAAGAAGAACAAUGCAUCUGAUCAGAAAAGAGUUGCAGAUUCACUUUUAGUGGACAUGUUUCCUCGCCAUGUGUCUGAGCAGCUAAGGUACAAAAGUCACUGUUCUAGGAACUAUGAUAAUGUUGGUGUUCUUUUUGCAACAAUUGUUAAUUUUGGAGAGUUCUAUGAAGAGAAUUUCGCUGGUGGCAUCGAGUGUAUCAGAAUACUGCAUGAAUUGGUUGCAGAUUUUGACAAAGAGCUUGAUAAGUUUGAUGACCUGGAGAAGAUCAAGACAGUGCAUGGUACAACAUUCAUGGCAGCAUCUGGCCUUUGUGUUCCCGACAAUAACAACACCGGCAACUGUGAGCCUACACAUCCACAUCUUCACUUGAAAAACUUGAUAGACUUUGCAUUAGCCAUUUUCAGGGUUCUGAACGAGUUUAACAGCAACAUGCUUGGCUUCAACUUUUUUCUGAGGUGCGGAUUCAAUGCAGGACCUGUCACAGCUGGGGUUAUUGGGACCACAAAGCCCCAGUAUGAUAUAUGGGGUGACACAGUCAACUUGGCAAGCAGAAUGGAUAGCACGGGUGUACCAGGCAGAAUCCAGAUGCCAGAAAAGUCAAUGGAGAUGCUGACUGAUUUCUUCACAUUUGAAGAACGUGGUUUUGUCUAUGUUAAAGGAAAGAACAACAUGAGGACACAUCUACUUUGUGACAGAAUACCAGGGACAGAAAGCAGCCAAGCUACACCAGAUGUCCCCAUUACUUAAUCAGCCUAGGAUUCUUCUUGGCCAGUUCUUUUUAAAACGAAGCCACUUAAUUUAAGAUAGCUGCUUCACAUUCUGGUGAACUGUAAGUGGUGAAAACCGUUGAUCGUAAAUAUUACUGUUUUCUUUGUCUCCGGUGACGUGCAAUCAUGCUGCAUACUUCCCGAGGGAUCCUGCGAGUUAUCCUGAGAUUUCCCGAGAGUUCUUCCGAGAUUCUCCUGGUCAGCAGUUGCCGCGGACAAUAGUGAUUUUCCUCUGUUGUGCUCCUGCUCAUCGACAGCAAUCGUGCGCAUCUAUACAUUGUUUAAUUGUAUGAUGGUGAGGACAUUUAACUAACAUUUAACUAAGCUGUAGAGGGUUUUUAAAUUACAUUAGAAGUAGUUAAGCAUUCAUUUUAGAGUAUAUAUUAGAUUAGAAUAAGGGAUUGCUAAAGCUGUAAAAAAGUAAUGCAUUGCGUAAAUCUGAAGGCUUUAGAGAAGAAAAAUAUAGUUAGCUUUUUUCAAUUAUCGUGGCAGUCGAAAGCAUUUUCAAAACUAAGAUAGUGGCCAUCCAAAAAAGGGUACUUCGUGCAUAAAUGCAUUUUAAAAUGUUGUCCAUGCUGCUCGAACUUUUCUCGAACGCCACUGUUAACGAUGUCGGUGUGCAGUCAUCAGGGUGGGUAUCACAAGCAUUCACCCCAAACCAGGUACACACCCUGCCACUGAUCCUAAAUAUCACUUCAAAUCAGUUUGGGGGCCAAUUUUCGUAAGCAUACGUGGUUCUCAAAGUCUUUUCUAUUCUCAUCCCGGCCAACUUCUUUGCCAAGGGUAUCAAUAUUGCAUUAUUUUCGUAUUUUUUUUUAUUUUCAUCUUUUAGAAAUAACGUCAUAUUUGUUUUAUGUAUCAAUUUGAGAAACCGUGUAACUAGAAAUGAACUUAAACUUCAUUAACUGUAGUAUGGAUAAUAUAAGAAGAUUCCUACAGUUUGCUAGUUAUAAAUCGAUCUUUUUGAAUUAGCUUAUUAAUAGAUUUAACAUUAUUUAUUAUUGCUCCUAAAUACUUCGGAUAAUCUUAAAUAAUACGUCAGAUACGUUUUAAGUUCUUUUGAGGCUGCUAGCAAGCGGUCUCCUCUGGCAUUAACCUUUUGUGAUGAACAUUGACAGACUACUUAUAAACAAGACCCAAUCUUGAA